AUGGAUUGUCCACAUUCAUUGGUAGAAAAAGAGAAUGUUCUCGAACAAGCCCUUCGAACGUAUGAAGAAAGUGAACGUUCAUUGAAAUCGAUCUGCAUUUCUGUCGAAGAAGAAAAUUCUCAAUUAGAAAAUCAAUUGAAAAGCCUUCAAAAUCAUCACACAAAUUUAUUAAAACAAUAUCAUUUAGCCAAAGAACGUCUUCAUCAAAUUCGUGGUGAACAUGCGCGAUUAGCUGAACGACAACUAUUUAUCGACCAACAAACAAAUCAAAUUCAUCAACGUUAUCGACAAACUCAAUUAGCUUUGAAAAAGAUUCUUUCAUUUGCUAAAACAACCAAUGAAGAAUUGACUGGUGAAAGUUAUUCGACUUUAGGAUUGAAAUUGAUUCCAAUCGAUGAAGACAAGCGUUCGAUGAAUGAUAUCGGAACAAAUUAUGAUCCACCUGCACUUUCAUCAAAAAGAAGAUUAACAUCAAGUGAAACUCAACAGAAAUAUUCAAAAAAUAGCUCCUCAUCACACAGAUCAUCAAAGUAA